UUACAAUUUUUAGGAAGGAAAUCAAGACAAAAUGGUCAGGACUAUGGCAGGAGGGCAACGCAAAGCGGUAGCAGCUAAAGCUCCCCGGAAAUCAGUAGGCUGCUCCUCCUCCUCCUCCUCCAGUGCAGCUGUCUCCUCUGUUUUCUCUCCUGGUAGAGCGGGUAAAGCUAAAUCUAGAGCUAGUGGGGGUAACGCAGCUACUCAGUGGGAUGCCCCCAAGUGGCAGAAGGGCAUUACCUGCUUCUUUAAGAAGGAGGUGGAAACUAAAAUAACAAAGCUAGGAGAAGACUCAGACAGUGUAACUGAGGAAGGGGAGGCGGUGUGUUCUCAGAGCAGUACUCAUACUAUAGAUCUCAAUGAGGCUCCCAUCACUGCUACUGUUCUUAGCAUAUUCGAUGCCGAAGAGAGUGGUCCCAGUAGUAGCGGUAGUGUUUGUAGUGCGGGGAGUGAUGAUGGUGAACAACCUGGCCCCAGCUCCAGAAUGUAGCUACAAGGCUAUACGACUUGUGUGGGGUGUCGUGGCUACAUGCUAUAUGGUUGCUUUCGGGUUGAAACACAUGAUUUCGGAUCCUUGACAUCGUUAUGUACGGAACGGAAUUCUAUUAAAAUAUUUACCUGAAUUGUGACAUUUUUGACUAACUUAUUACCGUACUCUAUGAAAUUAUUCGGUUUGAUAUGGAAACUAACUCCUAUUUUCUUAUCGAUCAUUACUUUAUAAUCGACAUUAGAAUCAUUGAAUUUUUCAUAACUGACAGAACGUUGUCCCGUUGAAUAUAUCAAACCACAAAUCUUCAUUUUUAAUUAAUUUAUUAACUAAUAAAUUACAUUUCUAUUUACAUAAUUGUUUUUUGCAUCAAUCGCUGUUUUUACAAUUGAUUAUUUUCUUGAAUAACUUACUGAUUAUAAUAACUACCAUUUUACUGGUUAUUUUUAUAUUUCUUUUGCGAUAUUGAAUAAAAUCUAAGUUUUCAGAAACCAGUUUUUAGAGUUAUUACUUAUUAGAGAAUAGUGAUAGAACCAAGAUCUAUGUAAUUCAAAACUUAACUUAUUAGAAUUUUGUAGUUGCUAAAUAAAAUAAAA